AUGUCUACAAAGACGUACUUGAAAGCGGCUAAACAGGCUCUACAGGAUAAUAAUCCUGAAUACUGUUGCUCUCUAGCUGAGAAUGCUCUGGAGCUGGAUCCAGAUUGCUACUUUGCCCUGAUCUUCAUUGGUAAGUCCAACCAUCUCAUGGGCAAGCUACGUGAGGCUAAGGAGGCAUAUGAAAGGGCGAUUAGGCUGAAACCUGACGAUCUGACCGCGUGGAAAGGCCUCCUGUUGCUGGUGAAGACUGAUGACGAUUAUAAGACGUUCUUCCGUGUUAUAUCUGACUACCUCGAUGUUCUGAGUGAACAACAGCACUCGAUUGCUGAGACUGUUGGUGAGAUCUCCAAGUAUUUGGAUAAAUUCCCCUCCGAGGAUGUGAUAGAUGAGUACAAGAGACAGUUAUUGCCCGAUGGGAGACUUCAACAAGCCACGAAGGGGUUGUUGGUGAAGCCUGAAAAGGCUCUCAGAGAUUACCUCGGCCAUGUUAGAACAAGGGAGAAUAGGCUGUUGUCAUCUGCAAAGAUGAAAGCAUCUGGUGGGGCAUACGAUGCAACUACGUGGAACAUCUAUAAGAACUCAAAUGUGCCUGACCUGUACGUUCAACUGAUCAACAUCGUUGACGAUGACGAGGAUAGACGAGAUUUGGAAGACAAGUACUUGAGUUACAAAUUACAGAUGCUCAAAGCUGCGCCACCAGGUGCCAAAUUAGCUAUAAGUAACGAUAUAAAGGCAAUAGUGGAAGGUAUGGUUGUUGUUAAUCAUUCAUCUUUCCAAGCUUGGUCCAUAUACUUUGAUUGGUUAGACCCAGAAGAUUUUGAUUCUUUGGACCCUGCAGUGGUGACAAAUUUCUUGAAGAAAUUCAGCGGUAAGCCAUUAGGCCAAGUCAUACAUGGUCUUGUUUUGUCAGAUAUGUGCUCUUUGAAAGUUGAGCUCAAGGAGCAAACAACAGAUGAAGUUUCACCGGAAGACGAUUUGGAGAACGAAUUGGUUGAAAAGGAGACUUUUUCUCAAGAAGAACUGUUGGCAUUGAUGCUUCAGGGUCUUGAGUCAUGUAAGAAUAGCUUGUUUGCUUACAGAAUCGUCAUUUCGUACCAGGACCAUUGUAAUUUGUACAUGGAUGCCCUAUACAAAUGUCAGCAAGCUCUCUCACUUCUUGUACAGACAACGACUUCUACCGGAAUGUUGUUCAAGAACACGAAGAGGGAUUUACUGGUGAAAUAUGGUAAUGUUCUCACUCACAAUGAGCCACCGAAGCACCAUAAGAGAGCAAAUGAGAUCUUUGAUAAAGUAUUGCAAGAUUUCCCUGGGAACACUCAAGCUAGAGUUGGAAAAUCGGUCAUUUUGAUUGAGAGAGGUGAAUUACAAGAGGCUAAGCGCAUCUUACAAGAAGUUGUCGACGAACAGGAUGACACUGAAGCACUUUCUGAACUCAGUUGGGUUGAAAUUUUAUUAGGCAAUCAUGAAAAGGGCCGUGAGGGGUUGAAAAAAGCACUGAAGGAUAUCAAAGGUAACAGCCUUUAUAUCCUCGACCAAAAGGCCCUCAUCAAUUGGAGAUUGGCAAAGAGUUAUGAGAUGACUGGAGACUUUGAAAAGUCAUAUGCACAACUUGUUGACUCUUUAAGAUCAGCAAGUAAUUACGCACCUUCAUUCUCCGCUCUUGGUGAGAUAUAUUUAAACCAUUUCGAAGAUUAUCAAAGAGCUACAAAGUGUUUCCUUAAGGCCUUUGAAAUUGAUACAUCAGAAGUUAAGGCGGCGUGGUAUCUGGUCAAAGAUCUUACAAGUAAGGGCAACUGGAACAGAGCAGAAAUCUACUGUCAUCAGAUCAUAUCUUCUGAAAGCGCAAGACGUCGUCUUGGUUUCGACUCAUGGCCAUAUAGAGUACUUGGUUGUUCUGCAUUGGAAAAGCAAGAUGAAGCAAAGGCAGUUGAAUGGUUUCAGAACGCUAUCAGAUUGCAAAAUAGCGACACUGAAUCAUGGGUUGGUCUGGGUGAAGCUUAUAUCAGCAGUGGAAGAUUGGAAGCGGCUAUUAAAGUUUUUCAAAGAGCUUUGGAACUCGAUCCAGAUCAUUGGGUUGCUCAAUACCUCAUGGGUAUGGUUCAAGGUCAGAUCUCCGACUUUGACAAUUCUGUUGAAACUCUAGAAAACGUAUUGUUACAAAGACCAGAUGAGGAGUGCAUUAUUGCAGCGUUACAGGAUUCGCUGAUAAAAUACUCCCAAAAAUGUGUCUCUACUGGCUUUUUUGGUAAGGCAGUAGGUGUUGCUUUGAAAUGUCUUGAUUAUCUGGAAAGAGGGAACCUCAGUUCUGUAAACUUUUGGGGGAUUUUAAAUGAUUUCAUCCAGUUGUUCUUACAAAUCCAAUCAAAGAUCUCUGAAUAUCCCUAUGAAAGAGUAUUCACAAUGUUGAAGAAAGCGAAUAUUGAUAUUGACGAUGAACUGGUUGCCUCUUACAUUGAAAACGAUAAGCAAAUUGAAUUAGCUGCAUUGUCCCUGAUCUACUGCAAUAGAGCAUGUUUGGCUCUUGAACCUCGCGCAAGAACAGUUCGUUCUGCUGUUUACUACAACAUGGGUCUGUCUUUACUUGUAUCAUAUCUGAUUACUAAAAACGUUCAAUAUCGAGACGAGUCGAUUACAACUUUGAAAGAAUCUAUUAAGCUCCAGAACAAUUACCAGGAGCCAUGGAUUGCAUUAGGUGUUGCUUCGGUCUCUAUAAACCCCCGUGUUGCUCAACACUGUCUGAUCAAGGCAUCUUCCAUCGAGUCGAAGAAUGUUGUCAUCUGGUCUAACCUUGCACUGUUAUAUCUCCGUUAUGAAGAUUCCUCCCUCGCAUCAGAAACCUACAAGCGUGGUCAAAGUCUGAAUCCUACAGCGCCAAUCUCUUGGUUGGGUCAAGCAUUCACUUUGAAACAACAAGGCGAUCAUGAUAUGGCAUCCCAUCUUUUCACACACUCGUUUAUCCUUGCAAAUGGCCGUAAUCCAACGGCACAAAUUGCAUACGGUUACAACAUCUGUAUGAAAAGAAUUGGUAAGGGUGAUGAAGUUAAAGAUGUGGAUGCGGUGCUGGAAUUGAGUUCAGCGUGUCAUGGUAUGGUUCAAUAUUUGAAGCAUUAUCCACUAGAUACGUUUGGAUUAGAAUUGACCUGUUUAAUCCUCGAAAGAUUGAGUGAUUAUGAACUAGGAAAAGAGCUGUGUGGGAAUCUUUUGACACAACUGGAGACCAGCUUUGAGGAGACUGAGGAUGACACUAUUUUAAAGAGUUUUACACGUGUUAAGGCACAAUAUGCAAGAUUUGAACUUGGAUUGAGUAACUAUCAAGAAUCGAUUGCUAGCUGUCUUGAGUGUCUCGAUCUUGGUGAUGAUGAUAAGACCGUUGUCAGUUGCAGAACCGUGAUGGGUCUCUGUCACUUCUUCCUUGAUGAAUUUGAUGAUGCACUGGAUCAGUUCAAACAAGUGUUAACCCUCUCUGAAGAUGCUAAGAGGCUCGUUGUGUUAAUUGCACAAGUUCUAUUCGUGUAUGACACGGAGGAAACUAAGCAGGCAGCAUUAGACCAACUAUUUAACAAUAUUGAAGAGCAUGGUUCUUCUCUUUUGGUCACUCUUGUCAUUGGUGCCAUUUCGAUUGUUGAAGAUCUCACUGAUUAUUUGACUAUUGUGAAAUCUGAAUUAGCAUCCUUACCUUUGAGCGAAUUGAUGAAUGAUAGAUUCAGAAACGUUCCAUAUUUGAUCUCACAAAUCAACAGACGUCAAGGCGAAGCCGAUUUAGGUGUGUGGCAAAGAUUUGCGGUGUUGUUCCCCGAUGAUCUAAGAGUAUGGGACCAUUUGGACAAGAGCACUGCAUUGAAGAUUGCAAUCAGAGGCAAAGUCACAUCACAAGAGCUAAGCAACUGUUACGCAGAGGCUGGUAACCUGAAGGACAUCCAGAGGUCUCUGUUCAUUGCACCUUGGAACUGUGAAUCAGUAAAGGCUUUAAAGGGGUGUUUUUAG